UAGGAAAACAGCAGCAGAGAAGCGGAGGAGGAGGUGGGGAGAUAAACCCGGACAGAGCAGGGAGGAGAAAAGUACUGGCAACAGUGAAAAAACAUCUUUGCCGUGAUGAAGUCAUUGGACUCAUAAGUACUCCUCUUCGAUGGUUCCCUUGAGGUGUGUUCAUCUUGUGCUUUGGCCUAUUUUACAUACCAGGAGAAGCAGCUCUUCCUAUAUCACCACCAGAGCCAGAUUUGUUGCUUUACUAGCGGUACAGACAAUUCUUUUUUUCUACUUCUGGGGCAUCUUUCAAAUAAGUCUUCUUCACGAUACUGCAACAUCACAGAGAAGAGUGUGAACUAAGGCUGUCACUUCACUCCAGUGAGAUCUCCGUAAAAGUAAGCGUAUAUAGCAACAUUACUUCCCUAACGAACACUUCCUGUAAUAUACCGCAAUUGAAAUGAGGUAAUAUGUGCUACUCUGAACUAAAAAUAAUAAUGGGAAUUCUAAAAUUGAGCUGCCUGUAAAGAUUACUCCUUUGCCAUGUUCCGUGGCUUUCUUCAGAACGAGAGUUUGUCUUCAUGAAGAUUCCUAAUCUUGGUAAUGUGAUGAAUAAAUUUGAGGUCCUUGGGGUUGUAGGUGAAGGAGCUUAUGGAGUGGUGCUGAAAUGUCGACACAAGGAAACAAAGGAAAUUGUAGCCAUCAAGAAAUUCAAAGAUAGUGAAGAAAAUGAAGAAGUCAAGGAAACAACGUUACGUGAACUUAAAAUGCUUCGCACUUUAAAGCAAGAAAAUAUAGUAGAGCUGAAAGAAGCAUUUAGAAGACGAGGAAAAUUAUACCUAGUCUUUGAAUAUGUGGAAAAAAACAUGCUUGAAUUGCUAGAAGAAAUGCCAAAUGGAUGUCCUCCUGAAAAAGUAAAAAAUUACAUCUAUCAGCUGAUCAAGGCAAUUCACUGGUGCCACAAGAAUGACAUCGUUCACAGAGACAUCAAACCAGAAAAUCUUUUAAUUAGUUACAACGACAUCUUAAAGCUGUGUGAUUUUGGUUUUGCACGGAACCUUUCUGAAGGUAGCAACGCCAAUUACACAGAGUAUGUGGCCACACGGUGGUAUCGCUCUCCAGAACUGCUUCUUGGAGCCCCUUAUGGAAAAGCAGUUGACAUGUGGUCUGUAGGCUGCAUCCUGGGAGAACUUAGCGAUGGGCAGCCUCUUUUUCCUGGAGAAAGUGAAAUUGAUCAGCUUUUCACAAUCCAGAAAGUGUUAGGACCCCUUCCACCUGAACAAAUGAAACUCUUUUACAGUAAUCCUCGAUUCCAUGGAAUGAGAUUUCCUGCUGUUAACCAUCCUCAGUCUUUGGAAAGGCGAUACCUGGGAAUCAUAAGCAGCGUUUUGCUUGACCUUAUGAAGAAUUUACUGAAGCUGAAUCCAUCUGAAAGAUACCUGACCGAACAGAGCUUAAAUCACCCUGCUUUUCAGACUCAGAGACUCCUAGAUAGAGGCGGGAGCUCUCCUUCCAGGUCAUCUAAAAGGAAACCUCACCAUUCUGAAAGCAACUCAUCGAGCAGUAGAAAACCGUCCAGCAAAAGCACAUCUCUUCAGCCACAUCACCGAUCGAACAGUAAAGAUGUGCAAUCUCUUCCUGUGGGACCAAAACGCAGUGAAGAUGCUCAUCCACCAAAUGAAACUUUCAUAAAUGGAGCUCAUCCUGGAGCUCACAGUCCAACAGUCCACACGAAAAAAAGUAACCAAAUUGGAUCUGGUAACAAGGAUACAGCCAAUAACAAUUUACCACAUCUUCUUAGCCCAAAGGAAUCAAAGUCAAAGAAUGAAUUUGAUUUUAGUCCUGAGCAAAAGGCCACUGAUGGAUCAGGUAGCAAAUAUGUAAAAAGUUCACGUUCUCGACAUUCAUUUAUGGACACAAGUAAAACAGGAAGCUUACAACCAAGUGAAAAGCAUGCUCGUCACAGCUACAUUGACACCAUCCCCCAAUCCUCAAAGAAAAGUAGCUCAUAUAUGAACUAUUCAAAAACUCACGGUGUCUUGACAGACUCUAAGUCAGUGGGCAACCUUAGUGAAGCUAGAGGCCAGAUAUUGGAGCCUAACAAUAGAUAUUUUCCAUCAAGUUGCCAUGACUUAAAUUCACCAACCAGUCCUGCUGCCCCCAGACACAGUGAUAAUAGAACUAUGUUGAGCCCUUCUGGGAGGACUAAUCGGAAAGAAGGGACUUUGGAAUCUAGAAGACCAACUACAAGACAUUCCAGGACAAUGGAGGAACUGAAACUACCAGAUCAGUCAGAUGGUCACUCCCACUCCCUUUCAGCCCCUCAUGAAUCAUUUUCGUAUGGCUUAGGUUACACUAGCCCUUUUUCCUCUCAGCAGCGGCCUCAUCGGCACUCUAUGUAUGUUAGUCGUGACAGGGUACGAGUGAAGGGUACAGACCCAGGACUGACUGUUGGACAAGGAAUGGCAACAAGGGCCAACAGUUUGCAGUUGUUAUCACCUCAGGUACAGCAUCGAACAUUGACAAGAUCUGUUGGAUCAUCACGAGAAGACUGCACUGAGGACACAUCUAGGGGUGACCAGGUUCCAUCAGAGGUGAUCCACUCCAGACCAUUAGCUAAAGACCCCAACAGAGAUGCUCCAACAUUUCACUUGCGACAAAAAUCUGAGGGUGGGCCAUAUCACGAUACCCACCCUGAUGAUGGAAUUUCCUCUAAAGAAAAUCGUCAUACAUCAAUAUACACUGACACUGUACCUCGAAGAGUUGGCAGUUUCUACAGAGUUCCAUCACCCCGCCCAGAGGCCACAUUUCAUGAAAACAGUGUGUCAAAUCGUGGUUCAUCGCAUCCAAUUGAUAGCAGUGGGGGAACUAACCACUCCAAAAGGCAAUCUACUUUUGAUCACUGGAAGGGUGCUGAAAAAAGCCAUCCUGAGCAAAUAAAAGACAAGGAGAAACAAGGUUUUUUCAGAGUAAUAAAAAAGAAAAAGAAGAAAUCUCAAAAUACAGACUCCACUGAUUCUGAGAAGCCGAGCAUCAAGAAAAGUCUCUUUCCGCUUUUUAGUUCAAAGAACCAUUUAAAGCAUAGCUCUUCUUUGAAAAAGAUGCCUGUAGUCAAUCUGCCAACGAUACCUAGUACCGAAAGCCAAGAUCAUCUGAUCACACAGAAGGGCGUUCACUCUUCAGGUCACAAAAGCAGUCGACAAAAAGAAUGGCGUCCAGAGAAGAUGACCGAAAUACACUCUCAUCAUAGUCAGCCUUUAAAAUCACUUUGGAAAUUAUUACAUCCCUCUUCAUCCUCAAACCACCCUAUUCCAUCAGAUCCUCGUUUUCAGCCUUUGCCAAGCCAGCCUCCCAAGACACCAUCGUUUCAAGAAGCCAGGAUACACCCCAUGGGGCAAUCUUCCAGUGGAGGAGGGAGUAUCCCUCGUCAGGAAACUCAACCAAAAAACCGUCAGGGGCUCCAGCUGCCAGGGCAGACAGAACCUGUGUGGCAUGUUUCUCCUGUAAAUAGAGGGGCCAGUGAAGGAGCAACUUUUCCAGACCAACUAACUUCAAAAACUGGACAGAAUGGUCUCCCUUUUAGUCGGACAAAAAGAACACGAUUGCCAAACCUGAAUGACUUAAAGGAGACCGCCCUUUAGUUGCCAUCAGUACACAAAGGAAAUGUAUACAUGAGUGAGUACUGGAUGAAUAGAGAUUUGAUGAAGCAUCUUCAAAAGGAUAUAUAACCAAUUACGUAUAGCUAUAUUGAUAUGUGCAAUAUGCUUGUGUGAAACGACACUGUGCAGCAACCCACCCACUAAUUCUAAUGCUGAUUGUUAGGUUAUCUGCUACCACUAAUCUUGUGACCUUAGAAUGUGCAAUAAAAGGACAUAUUGUCAGAACAUUAGAAGCUGUUUUCCCCACAGGACAAAAUAUUAAGCAUUCUAUAAUAAACGUUCCUGUUUGCCUGGUCUGUAUAUUUGUAUCACAGGUUAUAAUAGGGAGCAGACCAGCAAUGUAGACUCGUAUGCGUGUGCUCACCAAGCCUAUAGAAAACUAUAAAAGGUGGGCCCUGUGUGAAACAGAUUUAUCCCAAUGGAGGGAUUUUUUUAAGAAAAAAGAAAGGAAAAAAACUUCCAUAUUUGAUAUUUUUUGUAAUAUUUAUUUAUGAUAGAUUAUUAUCAUAAAGUCAUUACAUUGUUACAACGUCAAGUUAUUUUGAGCUGUUUAACAUUGUGAAGCAGUGCAACAGCAAAAGUAGUUUAUAUAAAGAAAAAAACAGUAUAACAUUUAUAUAUUGCAUUAAGAGUAUUAUAUUAAGUAUAUACAUAUAUAUAUAUAUCUGCACACUCAGACAUUGUGUGUAUAGUUUGUUUAUUUGUUAAAUUACUGUCAUUUUUUAUAAAUAUCAUUUAAGGGAAAAAAAGUAUUGUUAUGACACUAUCUGCCAUAUUUUUAUACAUUUGUGCAGUAUUAUACUUCUAAUAAAAGGGAGUUAAACUACGGA